CCCACACUCACUCUCUCCUCAAUUAAUCCAUUCUUCUCAAUCUCAACUUCCUCCUCUUCCUAUAAAAACCCCUUCUCCCUACACUCCACUCUUCACGCUCCACUUUCACAUAUACAUAUAUAUAAUCACUCCAACACAAAAAUAUACACAAAACUCAUAUAUAUAUAUAUAUAUAUUAAAAAAUUAUAUUAACUAUGCUUCCAGGAGAGUUCACAGGGCUCUACUAUCUCCCAGUCUCACCUGAUGAUCAUCAUCACCAAAACCCUAUCAGCCUCCCAAUACAACCAAACUUCAACAACGUCAACAUCAUCUCUCCUAAUUGUACCUCUAACAACGUCAUGGACCCAAUUUUCCAUCUCAACUCACAAUUCUUGAACGCCAAUUUACCAAACUACCCUCCUCCUCAAACGACGUCGUCCGCCACUACUCUCAGCAACAACUCCACCACCUCCGACGAAGCAGAGGAGAUGAACUACCAUAAUAACAACAGCGAACAGCUGAGGAUCGUCAUCGACGAGCGGAGGCAGCGGCGGAUGAUAUCGAACCGGGAGUCGGCUAGGCGGUCCAGGAUGAGGAAGCAGAAGCACCUGGACGAGCUGUGGUCCCAGGUGGUUCGUCUCCGCACCGAGAACCAUAACCUAAUCGAUAAGCUCAACAACAUGUCCGAGUCCCACGACCGAGUCUUACAGGAGAACUCUCGUCUCAAAGAAGAAGCCUCUGACCUUCGUCAAAUGUUGACUGCUCUCCAGAUCGGAAGUCCUAACAAUUACAACGACGCCGUUUUGAGAACUACUUCUAUUCAUGAUCAAGACGACGACGACGAUAACGGUGGUGAUCAUGACGAUGAUCACCAUAAUCUUGAUCAUGAGGGUAUGGUGGAUCGUAAUAAUAAUAAUAAUGAUCUUAACCGUAAUCACAAUCAUCGUCACCAUCACAACAAUAAUGAGAUUAAACUUCCCUGCAACGCGGCUCAUCUUAGAGCUGAGAUCUCCUCCACUAAUAUUGCUACUUCGGUUGAUUUGCUUCAUUGAGAUAAUAAUAUAUAAUAAUAAUAAUAACAAGAACUUAAGAAGGGU